GCCAGGACGCGUCGCUCAGUCAUCCUCCGUGACAACGCCGACUCUGCACGACCUCGCCACUGAUGGCACCAGUGUGUGGUGCAUGCGUGCAGCGAGGCCCACGAAGACCCCGGCUCUCGGGCCUUCACGCGCGUCGCACCUUCACUGCACGUCUCAAUCCGGACACGCACACACGCGAUCAGAAAGGCGUCCUAUUCUUCUAUGCGAACUCUAUAUGUGGACAUGGGCAGGAGCUUUCAGUUAUUGAGCUACU